AUUGUUUUCGGCGUAUAUGGGCAUAUCUAGAUAGUUGCCAACAUUUCGUGAAUUUUGAGGUUAUAUAUGAACCGAAUAUGGCUAUUACAAUUGAAUCACAUGGGUGGACUCGGGUUAGAUGUACUCUCUUCAAAUGACACAUUCAACUAUGGAUUGGAAUGGCUGAUAUGUGCAGGACUGAGUGCACCUUUGGGACUAUUCUCUUUAUAUGUGGCCAUCACACAAGUUGCAUACUGUGUUCUUAAGUCGGGAAUGACAAAAAGGAGCUCGGAGAAACGACGAUUAAGCAGCACAGGAUCAAAUAGUCACAGUCGCAAAGCAAAUGUUAAAGAUAGGCACGCCUUCAUUCUCAAUACUAUGUGUGCUAUUGGAGCUAUUUGCGCAUUUUUGCGUGCAGGUUUCGAUUUUCGCCUUGUUUUUGGCAACAAUACUGAUCUCGGAUGUGACUUGUCCAUUAAAUUCAAGUUAGCGGCUUAUGCUUUUUCGCUCGUGGCGGUAUAUCUUGUAUUAUGGCUCCGUCAACGAACCUUCUACCAGCAUCCAAGAUUGAAGCAUCUCAGCUCUAAACUUGUCAGGGUUAUAAGCUGGACAAUGUGUAUUCUUAUCGUUACUGGAACGGUAUCAACAGCAAUUCUAUUCUUUUCAGUUGGGCGUUACGUAGGCGCACCGAACGGAUGCGUCGUCAAGAAAAGCGAGGUCACGUCGAUACGAUGGAUUAUCCUGAUAGGAUGCACCACAUUUUUUCAGAUAUGUCUUCUCACUCUCUUUGUUUAUCCACUUGUAAAACACAACAUGAGCGUACGUUCCGGUUCUACUUGUGGAAAUAAUAAAAAUAACCCGAUCAUACUCCUCAUACAGAGGGCAACGAUCACAUCUGCUAUAUGUGUAACGACGGACAUAGCGUUCGCGCUAAUAAUUUUGAUUUUGAAUAGAGAAAUUGUGACUAUGUCAACAUUCAUUUAUGACGUCAACAUUGUUGUUAACACAAUGUUGAUCAUAUUUUCGUUUCCGGAUUGGAAAAUAAGACUCAUGCCAUGGCGUGUGAAUUCGAACGAAGAACAACCCACCGAACUAAGCACAGAUGCGACGUCAAGGACCCGCAUAAGCGAGACAAAUGUGAUAUCUGCUAAUUCAAUUGCAUAGCUGCUGAGAAUAAACACAUUAAUGACUUCUAUUGUUGUUCUAACUGUACGUUUGUGUGUAUAUUCUGACUCAUAUGUACAGUAUUCUUUCCAUUUAUUUCAAAAUACACGGCUUGUCUUUUUGUGGGGGUGGAGGAUUGAACUGUUUUAUCUGGUAUCUUAGAAACGUUCUAUGUACAGUAUUCUAUGUAUCCCUUGUUCGAUUUUGAUUUUAUAUCGCUAAAAAUAUUAUUUCAUUUGAAAAAAGCUUUUCCAUCAUAUAAAUUGCUAGAGAUUUAUACACAAUACGGAAAUGUAUUCUAUGUAUCCCAUGUUCGAUUUGAAUAUUAUAUCAAUAAAAUGUUAUUUCUUUUGAAAAAAGCUUUUCCUCCAUAUAAAUUGAUAGAGAUUUAUAUAUACACAUUACGGAAAAAGCACAAUGAAAAUAGCUACACUUUACUUUAUACAAUCGCACUAAUUUUGCGGGAUUAUCCGAUUUGUGAGUCGGAUUUCUUAAUGUAGAGUUUUAAUUACCAAAGAUAAAUUUUACUACAUGUGUAUUUAUAAAUAUAUAUAUAUACAUCUUUUUAUUGUUCGUGUUAUGCAGCAUAUAUGUAGUCACAAGGGUUAAUCUUAUUCUACCAUACAAUUUGAAUGUCUUUGGCCCGCAAUAGCUGUUAAACCAUUUUUAAACAAAUAGCAAGCUUACAAUGUAUAUUCUACAUUACUGAAGUUGAAUGUAAACGCACACGCAGACUGUUACCAAGAAACAGUAUUGAAUCACCGCCUGCUAUGAGAUUGUCUUUGCAGGAAAUUAUAGUAAAACACUUGUUCGUUAUCUUCAAAACAAAAGCUCUGGAGUCGCGAUAAUUUUUACUUUUUAUUAACCAACUUACGUUUUACUCAGCCUCCAAUUUAAAUCAUAUUAUACAAUUCCAUUAUGAAAUUUAGAAACUUACAAUGAUUAUAAACUUUGUGAAAAAAUAUGUUAAGUCAAUAGAAAAUAUUUUUUGAUUUUUGUACAGUAUUUCAUUGGAUUGAUAGUGAAUUAAAUUGUCACAUGAUAUUAUAUUCUGAAUAUUGGUGAUUUUAUAUUAUAAAUUUUGCAGAACAGAUAAACUUGAAUCAGCCUAUGGUCAAUCACUUCUCCACAAAUCUUCCCCGAGAGCAUAUAAACUUGAAUUACCAAUUUCUAGAAAUACAUUGCGAUUGCAAAAAGUAUGCUUUUAAAACAAAUAGGUGCACUGCCUCGAGCAACAGCGAUUUUUGACAGUUCGGGUCCGUGAAUGUCUUGGGUAUUACCAAAUG